ACGGAUCCUAUCAGCGCUUCAUUCAUGUUCAGUGUCUGGGAUAUGAUAAAGCUGUUCUUCCUUUUGGAUUUUUCCCUCACCACUCAGAAACCACUAGAGCAACGUGUUAAUAGAAGCACUCAGGAAAAGAAUAAAUUCUUCACCUCUGCAGACAGGAGGCUGAGGACGGAAAGUUGUUCAGGAGAAAGCCAAGGAAAGCAGAAGGUGCUAGAGAACAGCCGUGCUUCUGGAACACAACACUGUUGAAGCGGUGUGAUUUGGGAACGUUUGCGAUUCUGAAUUACAGGUGAGCAGAACUUUUCCAGAGCAUAAAACAUCUGCAGGAACAAUCAGGAUUUCUCACCGCCGAGAGAGCCAAUGAAUUUUUAAUAAGUUCUGAGCACUGUGGUCAGAUCAACUGCUGUUAUCUGAUAAAGGCAAAAUUCGCCCUCUGAUUUCCCUAAUCCUAUCCAAAUGGAGUCUUCGCCUUGCUGUGAGCAGUUCUAACUAACACCAACCACGGGAUUAGUGGGCCUGGGAGAUGACUGCAAGAAGUAAGACAAAACGGUGAAAGAGAUCACCACAGCAGUCGAAGAGGCUUUUCGGGUGUGAGAGCUUAGCAUUCCUCACUGAGCUUCAGCCAACUGCUGCCAGAUCCUGGCCGAGAAGAGAGGAGGUAGCACAGUGAACAGCUCCAAACCUCAGACUAAAUCCAAAUGUAACUUCUUGAACCAGGAUGGAGGGGCAAUCUUACCACAAUGAAACCACAGCCAACGACACCCCAGUAGAUCACCAGGCUGUGGAACGCCAUGGGCUGUGGGAAGUCAUCACUAUUGCAGCUGUGACUGCUGUGGUCAGCCUGAUGACCAUUGUGGGCAAUGUCUUGGUCAUGGUCUCCUUCAAAGUCAACAGUCAGCUCAAGACAGUUAACAACUAUUACCUGCUCAGCUUGGCCUGUGCAGACCUCAUCAUUGGAAUCUUCUCCAUGAACCUCUACACGACCUACAUCCUCAUGGGACGCUGGGUUCUCGGGAGUCUGGCUUGUGACCUUUGGCUUGCGUUAGACUAUGUCGCCAGCAACGCUUCUGUCAUGAACCUUCUGGUGAUUAGCUUUGACCGUUACUUUUCCAUCACAAGACCACUGACAUACCGGGCCAAGCGUACCCCAAAGAGGGCUGGCAUCAUGAUUGGCUUGGCCUGGCUGAUCUCCUUCAUCCUCUGGGCACCAGCAAUCCUUUGCUGGCAGUACUUGGUUGGGAAGCGGACAGUACCCCCUGAGGAGUGCCAGAUCCAAUUCCUCUCGGAGCCCACCAUUACUUUCGGCACGGCCAUCGCCGCCUUCUACAUCCCUGUCUCUGUCAUGACCAUUCUCUACUGCCGGAUCUACCGGGAAACAGAGAAGAGAACCAAGGACCUGGCUGACCUCCAGGGUUCUGAUUCUGUGGCAGAAGCCAAGAAGAGAAAGCCGGCUCACAGGGCCCUGCUCAGAUCUUUCUUCAGCUGCCCUAGACCCAGCCUGGCCCAGCGGGAAAGAAAUCAAGCCUCCUGGUCAUCCUCCCGCAGAAGAACUUCAACAACAGGAAAGACAGACCAGGCCACAGGCCUAAGUGUUGACUGGGACAAGACUGAGCAAGUCACUACCUGUAGCAGCUACCCCUCCUCAGAGGAUGAGGCCAAGCCCACCACUGACCCUGUCUUCCAAGUGGUCUACAAGAAUCAGUCUAAGGAAAGCCCGAGGAAGGAAUUCAGCACCAAAGAGACGAAGGACACGUUUGUGACCGCACAGACUGAAAACAAUGACUAUGACACUCCCAAAUACUUCCUGUCUCCGGCUGCUGCUCACAGACUCAAGAGUCAGAAGUGUGUUGCCUAUAAGUUCCAAUUGGUGGUAAAAGCUGACGGGACCCAGGAGGCGAACAAUGGCUGUCGCAAGGUGAAAAUCAUGCCCUGUACCUUCCCGGUGUCCAAGGACCCUUCAACAAGAGGCCUGGAUCCCAACCUCAGCCAUCAAAUGACCAAGCGAAAGAGAAUGGUCCUAGUCAAAGAGAGAAAAGCAGCCCAGACCUUGAGUGCCAUUCUCCUGGCCUUCAUCAUCACAUGGACCCCUUAUAACAUCAUGGUCCUGGUUUCCACCUUCUGUGACAAGUGUGUCCCUGUCACCUUGUGGCACUUGGGUUACUGGUUGUGCUAUGUCAACAGCACUGUCAACCCCAUCUGCUAUGCUCUCUGCAACAGAACCUUCAGGAAGACCUUUAAGAUGCUGCUCCUCUGCCGCUGGAAAAAGAAAAAGAUGGAAGAGAAAUUGUAUUGGCAAGGGAACAGCAAGCUACCCUGAAAAGUCAGUAACUUCCCUGGAAAGAAUAAUGGCCACAGUCUGGUUUGCUUGUUUUGAAGAACAUCAUCUGCCAUUCUGAGUCCCCAAAGACUUGUCCAGGGAUCUGUUGUCAAAUUGAAGAGUCACACAUAGCCACUGCUGCCAUGUGAAGUGAGUCUUGUCUAUUACCGAGGCCACCUGAUGCCACUAGCAUUUGCUGGUGAAGCAGAAAGACAGACUCAGGGUCCCUCUCUGGAAAUACACUUGAGUCAUCACGGACAACGACUUUGAGAACUGAUCUGUGAAGAACAGUUGGGACCAAACGGAAAUCUUCCCCUGGGGCAUUCUGUCAUAGAGCAUUGUGCAAUGUGUAUGUGUCUAUAUGAAACUGUCUUAGACCAGUGAAAAUCAGGAGAAUGUAAGCCUCUGUCACCUCUGGAUAAGAGUGGUAUCCAACUGGCUUCUAAGAAUAUCACUCUUCAUAAUUUAAUCAGCAUUUAUUAUGCAGCUGUCAUGUGCUUUGUACUGUGGCCUGUUUUUCUGUUCAUAUGCCGAAUGAUGCUCUUACUCUCCCUUUCAUAUCUAUGACAACUCCCAAACCCAGUGAAACCAUGGUGAUUCCCACUGACCAUCAGUCUCUCAGAACCCAGAGUCAAGAAAAUGCUGACAUUGACACACUUGCACACUUGGUUUCCUAGAGGAGCUUCUAUUCUGCUGCUAAUGAUGAUCAAGUUUCCACGCAGUUAUUUUCGUGUUUUACCAAUGAGGUAACUAGUUCUCCAAACAAAUAUUGUGUAUCAUUUUGGUGCCCAUUUGGAGUCAUUUAUGAAAUAUGCUGUGUUCUCAGCAGAAACUGAUUGUAUAACAGCCCUAUCCGGUAAGGAUUCUCGCCAGGAUAUUGAAUGCUGGGUCUUUUAUGUUGUUUUCAGGAGAAUUGCUUUCUAAUCUCCUCUCAGGACAAAUCAGACACAAAACGUGGAAAACAUAUGAUUCCUACCAUGCUUUCAAUUUUCCUUAGGAGUCUUUGAAGUUCCUAGUCCCCCUCAUCCAGACCCAGACACACGCAGAUCACUGUCCUGUGCUGGGAAAGAAGUGCUGCUUGGGCAAAAGGAGGGGAGUGU